ACAUGGGAUUAUCGGGCGUUGUUGAAAACCUUCGUUCCCUUAAGAAAACUGUCAAGAAACCAAUUGUGGCCUUCCGUGAGACUGUUCACAAUGCAUAUACAAAAGCCUACGUGGGCUCUCCGGAAAGAGUUGAUGAAUUCUAUAACUACAUUAAAGUGUACACUCCGAGCAAACACAAUGACCUUUGUAUGAUGAGCAUUACUGCGGAUAUCAAUCGAUUUUCAAUGAUUCCCGAUAAGAAUACAUUCUUCCAUGUUCUCAAACUCGAGAGACAUUUUGACCGGAUGAUUGCCACUCGCAAACAGCCGGAUGUCACUGGGGAUAUGGCGAUUCAAAUCCUUUCCGGUCACAAUACGACAUUUAUGAGCAAGUACCGUCGGUACAAAACAAGGUCAGCUGCAAAAGAACUAAAGAGAAGAAACCAGCGAUUCAAGGCUCUGGACGUGAGACGACACACUCAACUGCCAGACUCUGGGAAUGAUGACUCUUGCAUUUAUACUAACCGAACUUCAUUUGACGUUCCCACAAUCAGUCUAGAAGAAGAUAAAUUAGAUAUAAAGGAUGUGGUUGAAUCGAUGGCUAGCGAUGAAAUUCCAGUUGAAGAGAAAAAUAAAGAAUUGGAGGAAUGUGAGCUUGUUCUGAACAAAAUCAGAUUAAACCGAACACUCCAAAAGAUUGAAGAGCUGGAAAAGAAAAACGUGUCGGUUGUUUGUGAACUGACCAAACCAGAAACUGUUGUAGCCGCGCCUGUGCAAGUUGAAAAUGUCAUUAUUUCAUUGCCGGUUAAAGAAGAUGAUUCACUUGCCAUAUCUGCUGCAAAAGCUAAUCUUAUUCAAAAAAAGCAUCAAUCGAAAAGUAGUACAGAAAAGUCGAUGAUGUCUGUGACAAAGAAACACGAAGCAAAAUUCAAAGUUGCUAAAUCUGUAACUGUGAAAAAGGAUAAAACUGAAAAAUCUGAAAACCUUAAAUCAGAUGUUCCCGAAAAGACGAAUGAAGUUACAAUUGCAGCAUCUCUUUUAGAAGAUGUUAUGGAGCAACUGAACUUGGAUGACAAGAAGAACACAAAAGCUGCGUCACAAUCGAAAAUUGUGGACGAUGCGAGUGAUUCCGAUAGUCAUGAAGAAUUCGACAAAUGUGAUCAGGAUUCAGACGAUGGAAGUGACAUUGAAGAGUUGGAGAAAAUCGAGGACAAGGACGUUGAUGCUCUAGAAUAUGAAAUGCUAUAGGUGCCAAGUAUCUUGCUUUUCUGCCAACGGGUACUUGUGCACUCUGUAACGUGUUUCUUGCUUCAAAUUUCUCAUUAACAUUCUUCCGAAUUUUUUCAUUUUCAAAAUUGUUCAAUAAUGCCAAAGAACCGUUUGUUUUUCUUUAGUUAUUAAAUUGAACAAACUGUAACUAAAUGUUUUUAACAUUCUUAUUUGUACAUAGAAAUGUAACUUCUCUAAUUGUUUCAUAUGUAUUCAUGUUUCAAGUAUUCAUUUUUCCUCAACUCCUUAUAUGAAUUUUUGUAUAAAAUGUAAAA